AUGGCAGUGUACGCUCUUUGGGAGAUGCGCAACCGUGUGGUUUUCCGAGAUGGUGAGAUUCUUGUGCCCAUAGCAGCCGUGAUCCAGCGAUGUUCCAUGCUAGCUGCUGCGCCGGUGUCAGAGGUGAUAGUGGUGCCUAGACCAACCCCGUUGUUGCAGGCAACUUGGGCCCGACCACCUUAUGGUAUCUACAAGCUGGAUUUUGAUGCAGCUGUGGCUACCACGGGAGAGGUGGGUUUUGGUUUGAUUGUGAGGAAUAUGUUGGGUGAGGUCCUUGCUUCUGCAGCACAAUAUCUUCUCCAUGCAGCUUCAGCGAUUCUUGGGGAGGCUUUAGCCUUCCGCUGGUCUAUGCAACUUGCCAUUCAGAUGGGGUUUCGUCGGGUUCUUUUCGAGACAGAUUGUUUGCGACUGUUCCAGCUUUGGAAGAAACCUCCAGAUGGUCGAUCGUAUUUAUCUAUUAUUGUUGGUGAUUGCUUUAUGUUAUCUCGUUCUUUUGAUUAUGUUGACUUGUCUUUUGUUCGCCGUGGGGGCAAUUCUGUUGCUGAUAUCUUAGCUGGUACCGCUUCCAAGUACACUGAUAUGGUUUGGUUGGAAGAGGUACCUAGGGAGGUCAUAACUCUGGUUCAUAAGGAUGUAAUGGCUUCUAUGCCUGCUUUUGAUUAA